AUCCGGCUCUCUUCUGUUGAUCAACCGGCAGAAACAAACAAGCUUUAGCUCGCUAGCCAGCUUUCAUUAGAAAGAAAUCUUGUUGCACUUUCUGGAACGGGGAGAAAGUGACUGUAGAGUAAUAAAUUAAAGACCAUCAAUCUAACUGAAUCUCAACUUUCAAGUCUACUACAUCAUUUGUGUUGCCAAAGCACAGAGAAAUAUGCUGUCCACUGGAGAUGUUCAAGGUUGUCUUCGUCAACUAGAAGCUCUCCUUCGUGUGAUCAAGUACCCAGGAUAUGUCGACUACAAUGGCAUGGUCUCUGUGGUUGGAUGGUCGCUGGUUUGAUUCCCUGGAUACCCCGGCUGCACAGGAGCCUUUCCAAAGGAGAUCCCUCAGCUUUUCUACCAAUAGUGAGUUUCACCCUCAGCUCCUUCUCUCCACCUUUGGCUGAGCAACUUACUGUGACUGGCCUAGAGCUAACCUGCAAAACUGACCUCAGAUUCAUUGACACUCUUUAUAAGGUACUACGAGAUAUUUUCCACUAUAAACCCAUAUUGACCAAGCAGCAGUUCCUCCAGUGGGGUUUCUCUCAAAGGAAAAUCUCUGUCAUCUGUGAUGUCAUAAACUUGGUCCUGCAGAAACACAAUCAGCUGAUGAAGACUCAACAACAGUUUUGUCCGCAGCCCUGUGUCCCCAUACCCCUCCCCAACCCAGUGAAUCAUCUCAAGAAGGCAUCUGAUGGGCCAUUUGUUGUGAAUCACAUGGAAAAUCACCCCACAUUUCCCACAAAUACCCCCCAUGCUGAAGCAUUUUUCUCCAGCUCUCCUGGUAAUGUCCUCACAAAGCGGGCAGGUUGCUGGGAGGACAAGGAUAGCUUUCUUGAUUUACCAGAGGUGGACGAAAGGCUCUCAGCACUGGAAGCUCAAAUAAAGAGUCUUCCUGGGCUCCACAGGCUCAGCAUUCUGGAGAAACGCAUUGAGGAGCUUGAGAGACAGAGACACACAGACAAGAAUGAAGAGGUCAUUACCAUAUCCAGAGAGAGCUGGGAAAAUCUGAUGAACAGAGUCCUAUUAUUGGAAACUAAAUUAGAGCUGAGCAAUACACAGUCAAAAGCCCCAGCCCCAUGUUCAUCAUCUGCCUCCUCAUAUUCUUCUGAUUCUUCAAAGGAAGACCUCAUGGACAGGGUAGAGAGAAUCACUAACAUGAGAAGAUGCUUAAAAGCCGCAGCGUUGGUUUGCCAAUUCUCCGCCAGUGGUGAUUCACACAGAGCAAAGCAUCUCCACCUUAAAGACUAACCGCCGUGAAUUCACACAGAAAGCCGGCGCUGCGGCUCUUAAAGAAGCGUGACGGUGACAUCUGAUACAACUGUAAACCACUGAUCAAACCAUAUUCGCAGCUGACUAAUUGGCCUACUAUCUUCCUUGCAUUAGCGAGUGAGUGUGUGAUGCUGCACUGUGACAGCAGACCCUCGUGUACAGCCAGCUGAAGUGUGACACAGCCCCGCCCACGCUUAUAUUUCUUGCAUUGUCAAAUAAAAUGACAUGGACUCAUUGCUUGUUUA